AGGUUUUCUCACGAUGAAGUGCUCUCUUGGACUUUUACUGCUGGUCUGUUGUGUGUCUCUUAGCUUCGGCGAUAAGCAUUAUGGAAUGCGAUUCUCCUCUGCAGGCUCGUCUCUUCAAUGCUACAGGUGUGAGGAUUACACUGGGGGCCAUUGCUCAAUCCAGCAAGUUUGUUCUUACGAGGACGCAUGUUUAUAUCUUCAUGAGAAAGGUGGGAAGACCAUUCGCCGGUGCAUUCGAUACACUGACUGUGAUAACUCUCGUCUGUCCCAGAAGUUCCCGUCGAUAUCAGAAUACACUUACAGAUGUUGCAACACUGACCUGUGUAACAGCGGGCCAGUGACUGCUGCAAGCACGUCGGUCUUAUACCUGCUAGCGGUGCUCAGUGGCCUCUGGUCGUGCUCCAUCACUGCAUGAUUUCACAAUAGAACUUCUUUAGAA